GAGGACGCUGAGGAGAGUUUGGGCUCGCGUCUCUUCUGAUGUUACACACAAACUCACUUUAUAAAAUAGAAAACUUCCUGCGUUCGGGGUUUUUAUCAUUCAUUUAUCAGCUGGGUUUGAUCUUCAGGCGAUGGUUGGCGUUUUUCGGCUGACGGAUGGAUUGCGUCGCGGAUGAAGCGGGAAGCAGGUGCGUUUAUCGGCGAUGAUGAUGAAGAUGAUGAUGAAGAUGAUGAUGAAGAUGAAGGCGGCGCUGCUCUUCGGCUCCGUCAGAGGAUGAACUUCAGUCCCGUCGCACCGAGCUGCCGGGGGGCUUCGUGCAGGGCUGGCGGAUUCGUGGUCGCGGGGAUAUCGAUGAUUCUGCUGGGAUCGGAUGGAGCGUCAGUUCCUGAUCCCUGAAGGCUUCAGCGACCCGUAGAGCUCAAACUGCACCAUGCUGGCGUGUCUGCAGAGACCGAACCAACCGGCCCAACACCAACACCUCACGUGUGCCGUGAAGAUCCUGGACGCGCCGCUCAAUCACAGGAGUGAGCUGACUUCUAUGCGCUACCCAUCCGCGGCCGAACUGGACGCCUACGCACAAAGAACAGUCGACAGCCCGCUUUCAAUCCAGAUCUUCCCCACCAACAUCAGGGUCCCACAGCACAAACAAAUCAGUAGGACCGUCAACGGCCUGGACACUGGCGACCAGGGCUUGGGCCCGUACUCGCACCCCUACGCUGGUGCCUACCAAGGCUUGCUGGCGAUCGUCAAGACUUCCUCCGCGGCCAAAGGCGUGCUAAAGAGUGCCGAUGGAAAACAAACCAAACUAUCCCCUAUCCAAAUGGCGGUGGCUCCGUAUGCGCCUCCCAGUGGGAACAGACACCGGCCGUACGGCGUCGUGUCCCAUCACAUGAGCCGUCCGUCCAACGUCCAGUCCAGUCCUUCGUACUUGUCCGCGUCUUGCGCCGACUCCAGUUUUGCUCUGCCGUACUCCGGAGCCGUUCUGCCCACUCAAAGCGCGGAUGUAGCUGGUUCCGAAUAUUAUUGGGCACAUUAUCCGCACAUGUAUGGAUCGGGAAACCGCUCGCCUGACGUUUCCUACCGAUCCUACCCUCCCAGUCUAACGAUUCUAGACAAGGUCCCGACGUCCCCUGCGAUGCACGGUGAUUUCUCUGUUGGCCAGUUUUUCAUUCCUGCUUGGAAUAGCGUGCUUGCUACGCCGGAUAGCGACUGUUAUAACCCUCAGGAGACGCCUGCAACGCGCCUCCAUCCGUGCGCCCACCAGCCUCCUGCGUACCUGUGCUGCGGGCCGCAAGAGGAGAGCCUCAGCAGCAGCCUGCAGUCUCUGGAGUGCCUCAUCGGCGAGAUCCACCCGCCUUGCAUCAAGGAGCACAUGCUGGGAUGAGGAUACGAGCCGCACAUUCAGCUGCCCGUGUUGAGAUAGGACGCUUCACUGCAAAACAUUAUUCUCUUACUUAGUAUUUUUGUCUUGUUUACAAGUAUAAAUAUCUAAAAAUUCUUGAAUCAA